AUGAAGAAUCCAAAGUAUAGUUCUUAUUCUAAGGUCGAUGAAUCCCUCCUUGUUGGAGGUAAAGUAGAUACGGUACUGAAACGAAUCUCCUCAGGUGCCGAUAUUGAUGGAAAUAAUGAUAUGUUGUUAGGACAGCAAGCAAUCUUCACCGAACAACCUGGUCUUGAUAUGAUCAGCGAUUUCCAGGGUAUCUUGUCACACAAUCAAUGUAUUAUUAACACCAACGGAGACGAGGUUUAUUUUACAGAUGCUGUACCUUAUAUAAAAACAUCAGCACAUCCUAUGGAAGAUGUGACAUCUGUAGUAUUCUGGCACAAUGAAAAUGCCGUGUCUGUACAGGUUGAUAUAUAUGAGGUUCCAGAUGUUAAACCAAGUAAACAUCCUAAUGUAUUGCAUCAUGAUACUAUGGAAAUUAAUUUAGGAAGCAACACAGAACGUAAUAGGCUGAUCCGCAUAAUCUUAUUUGGUAAAGCGGUACAUAGAUAUGAUACAAACAUGUUCUCUAAAAUGUGCGAACUUAUUCAGGAUUAUGUCGUCUCUGUCAAGAACCAAUCUCCUGAGACUAGAAAAUGUCUUAUUAUUGGUAUUAAUGUCGAUGAAGCAUUAGAUGCCAAUUAUGAUUUUGAUAUAACAUUAGAUAUCUAUUGGAAUGUUAAGAAUAUCUGUAUGUGGCCUAAAUGCAUUAGAAGUGAUGGUAUUUGCUAUAUUAUAUCUCAAAAAACAUUAGGAUUAGAAGAUAUGGAAAGUCAAAUAAUCACCAAACCUCAGGAAGAGGAUCAUAUUAAGAAAGCUAUAUAUGAUACUGCAGUAAAUGCCUCAAUUACCCAGAUAAUACAGGAUUAUCAUCCACAAUCCAGCAUAUCUCUUCAGAUGGCAGAACACGCUAAAUGGGCUAUGUCGAUUGGUAUUUCACUUGUGCUGGAAACGUGCGGUAUCGAGGUUAGGGAUAAACCUUUUGAGAUGAUAGAUAUCACUAUACCAGAUCAAGUAUACAAGCUCAAAACAACAUUAAUAGGUAAAGGAGAUGGCGUACCUAUGAUGACUUCAAAAGCUUGGAAUGUUAUGUUUCCACUUGAUAGUCUAAAGGGUAUAUCAAGAAGCCCGAUGUCUAUUGCCAACAGUAUAGUUUACAAUAACAUAGUGUAUGGUAAUGAGGUGGGUAGGUUAAUGGGACCAGUAGAUAAUUUAUUUUUUUACGACUAUGCGGUUGAAAGCAGAGAUAAGGAUGUCAACGCAUGGUUUUCUGGUGCUAGAAAUAAGAUAGCACUCUUAUUUAAAUACAUGACACCAUUACAGGCAACAAGCACAUUGGGGAAUGUCAUGGCUUAUGAGAUGAUUAAAGCCAAAUGCAGAGUAGAAGAAGCAAGUAGACGCUACUCUCAAAUAAAUGAAAAAAUGGCUGUAUGGAAGGAUUUGAGAGCUAUGUUACAUUACAGAGUUGUUGAUGCUGCUUUCCUUAAGAUAGUGCCAUAUACUAUGUUGACCGUUGAUGAAAUGGAUAUCAUCGGAUUUGCCACGGUGUUACAUGACAUGGUUGAUUUUGGAUAUGAUGUAAGCGUCAAGGAAUCGAGCAAUACAUUCUUAACUAUAACGAACGGUAAGGUAGACAUGGAUUCUGCAAAAAAGGGAUAUAUUCGCAUGGCAAAUGGACUACAAUACAUCAUAGAAAGAUACAAAUAUGAUGCAUGUGGGUUGACAUUCUUAUCUACUCACUUCUGGCAACUAGCUAAUGGACGUCAUCGAGUUAUUCCAUCGAUUUAUAAUGGCGCGACUAACUAUCAGCAUGAGUAUUUGGAAUUUAAAGGUACAUUGCUGGAUGUAUUGCAAGAUAAUAAUAUUAUUAAGAAAGAUAGCAUCAGUGCAUUGGAAGCUGCAAAUAACCUUAGAGAUGCUGCUUUAUCACUAGGAUAUGAUGCUAUAGCAAUAGCCAAACUCAUCACCAUAGAUAUUGCUGGUAGUUAUACUGGCGAUAUUGAAAUGUCCCCCCAAGCCAUAAAUGAGAUCGAACGUAAAAUGUGUGAAUUAUCAGUAUCCCUUUCAAUUGGAUGCGAUGCUGAUGGCAAGAUGACUUCCUUUUUAUGGAUGAUAGUGGAGUAUAUGUGGUUGAAAACGGGCAUGAUGUUAUCUUGCUUGCUUGGCACAGUGAAGAUUAUGCACAACAGAAGACAAUCGGAUGAUAGAGGUGGGUUACAAUAUAAAUGGUAA